AUGACUGACACAGGAUCAAAGUUUCACUCUGCCCUCUCCAUAACCAAUGUCAAAUCUCUCGUUCCUUUCACAUUGGACAUUGAAAAUGGUCCAUAUCAUUCAUGGGUGGCGUUAUUUAAGGUGCAAGCCCGAGUGCAUAACCUGAUGCAUCACAUUAUCCCCCCUACAGAGGCCACGGCUAAGGCCAAAAUUGAUGUCUUACAGGCAGCUGAUCCUGAAUUCUAUGAUCGUCUUGAUGCGGCAGUCUUACAGUGGAUAUAUGGUACGAUCUCUCCUGAAUUACUUCAAGUCAUAUUGGUGAAGGAUGAUACCGCGACGAAAGCCUGGCAGAGGUUGGAGGCCAUCUUUCAAGACAACAAGGGUUCCAGGGCAACCCAUCUCGAGUAA